UCCCGAUCCUUGCCCGGGUCUUCGUUUCUCUCGCAUUUUCUGGUCUAUUCUGCUACUCGGCUAUUCUGCUCAGGUCGCUGAUCUUCCGAGUCAAUCUCGCCAUCUUCGGUGUUGUUUUCAUAUCGCCUCCCAACCGACUAGCGCGAACUCCGUCUUCGAUUCUUCCGCUCGAGCAUCUUUCGCCUUCUGUUGAACCCCCUCCCUUCGGUCCACUUCGACCCCCCGCCCUUUACACCAUGACGACAAUGGUUGCAGCCGGUACUCCGCUAGCGGAGGCGCUGGCAAAUACGAUUCAGCCAAAGCUGGUCGAGAUGGGAUGGAGCUCCGACAGUGGGGAUGACUCGGCCUUGAUCGAGUAUGUCAUUUUGAUGCUGGUCAACGGCAAGACCCAGGAACAAAUUGCCGGCGAACUGUCGAACGAUCUCUUGGGUCUCGGUGAGGGUGAUACGCAGGCGCUGGAUUUCUCGAGAUGGCUCUUCGAGCAAGUCGAGUCUCUGAACCAUCAGAUUAACGGGGGCGGUGUAUCGACGACAACGGAGGCCGACUCCAUGCAAACCAUCCCCUCCUUUGCCGACCAGGACGUAUCUACACCUUCGCAGCCGAUGGCUCAAGACGGUGCGAUGGACGCGGACAUGAGUAUGGGCGAUGGCGGAUUCGCGAACGAUGCUAUACCGACGGGACCCAAAGCAAUGCGCAACGGCCGUCAAGGGGGACGAGGCAGAAUGCUGAAUCAGAUCAACCGAGCGAUGGACCGGGCCGACGCCCCUCUACACCGUAUACGGGGCCAGUCGGGUGCCGGGGCGGGACGAAUCAAUGCACAUGGGCGAGAUAAUCAGAAGGGGCGCUUCCAGAACGGCGGCGGCAGAAUGGGUGGCGGGCGUCAGAUGGGUGGAAUGGGCAUGAACCCGAACCAAAUGGCGGCCGCCGGAAACAUGAUGAACAUGCCACCGAACGAUCAGAUGCACCUGAUGUCGCUUCUCGAGGAACAAGCGCGUAUGAUGGCUCAGUUUAUGCCCGGAUUUGUCUCCCCGGCGAUCAACCCGGCAUUCCAACCGAACGCUCCCCAGCACGGCCGCUCUCUUUUCGAUCGUGUCGAGCGUCAACAUGGCCGCCGACAGCAGGGAUCCUACAACAACCGACGCGAUAAGCCCGCCGACGUCGAUAUGGAUAUGAAACCCGAUCAGACUCAGGACGGCGAGCCGGACGAGAAUAACGCCAACAGUGUCUGUCGCUUCAACCUCCGCUGCACCCGCAAAGACUGUCCUUUCGCGCACCAGUCACCCGCCGCUCCCGAUGGCGCCCCCGUGGAUGUGUCUGAUAAUUGUACAUACGGCGCAGCUUGUAAGAACCGGAAAUGUACCGGCCGUCACCCUUCGCCUGCGGUCAAGUCGGCACACCAGGCCGAAGAGCUUUGCAGGUUCUUCCCGCAUUGCGCCAAUCCCCAUUGCCACUUCAAGCACCCCGACAUGCCGCUGUGUCGCAACGGGGCCGACUGCUCCGUGGCUGGUUGCAAGUUUACCCACGUUCAAACGCCGUGCAAGUUUAACCCCUGCCUCAACCCUAGUUGCCCCUACCGCCACGAGGAAGGCCAACGGGGGGCGUUCUCCGAUAAAGUGUGGACGGCCGGCGAGGAAAAGCCGCAUGUCAGUGAGAGGAAGUUCGUGGCUGACGAGGACGCGGAGGAACUGAUCAAGCCCGAGGGUCCCACAGAUGGCUCCUCGCAAAACCAAGAGAUCAUAACAUGACCUGCACCUCUUUGAUUCCAUGACGAACCUGAAUUCCAAUUUCUCUGUUUUGCUUUCAAUAUCAUGUAUUAUCUUGUGCGCGCGCAAACGAUGGGUGGCUGGUAGGACGGGCGUUUUAUUUCGAUUUGGCCUAUUCCCGACAAUCUCAUAUUGGCAUGUAAAUAGAUGUGGAUAGGAUGAGACCUGAAUGCUGUUGGGCGUAACCCGAAUAAUCC